CUGUCAGCAUGGACACAGUGGCAACUAUUGGACCGUACACUGGUCUUGGAUCUUUCUUUCUCUUUCACCAUUAAAAUUUUAAUGGUUGUAGAUAUGGAGAUGGCAAUGCAUUUACUAUCCUACCAUGAUCAAUAAAUCAACACCUAGGAAGUUAGGAUCGGUUUGCAGGUAGCAUAAAACCAACCCAUACUCUGCCUAGUGGGGGAACACUCCCAUUUGUGGGUAGCUCACCAAAAGCCUAGCUUACUUAGCUACGAUGAACACCACGGCCAAGCUCUUGGCGCUCGCCGUCUUCGCGGCGGCGGCGAUCUUGUCGCUGGACUCGCGGAGCGACGUGAGGCAGCUGGAGAUAAGGGACGGCGACGUCGAGCUGAUCCCUCUGCUCGACGGCGCCGCGGGGCCGGAGAGCAUAGUGUUCGGCGACGCCGGCGAUGGGCCGUACACGAGCGUGUCUGACGGGAGGAUCCUCAAGUGGCUGCCGCCGCCGGAGCGCCGGUGGGUCGAGCACUCCUGCUCCGUGCCGGAGCUGUUGGAUAGCUGCAGAGGAUCCAAGGACACGAAACGGGAGCAGGAGUGUGGGCGUCCACUGGGCCUCAAGUUCAAUAGCAAGACUGGUGAGCUGUACGUCGCAGAUGCGUACCUUGGGCUGAGAGUGGUCAGUCCGGGUGAGAACGUGUCUAGGCCGCUUGUUCCUAAGAGGACAGGAAGCCCAUUCAGCUUCUCCAACGGCGUUGAGAUUGACCAUGAAACUGGAGUAAUCUACUUCACCGAGACCAGUACAAGGUUUCAGAGAAGGGAGUUUCUAAACAUAGUUAUAACGGGUGACAACACUGGAAGAUUGUUGAAAUACGAUCCAAAAGAAAACAAGGUUGAAGUCUUAGUUGAUGGCCUACGUUUUCCUAAUGGUUUGGCUAUGAGCAUCGAUGGUUCUUAUUUGCUACUUGCGGAAACCACAACGGGUAAGAUCCUAAGAUAUUGGAUUAAAACACCAAAAGCAUCAACUAUUGAAGAAGUUGCGCAACUACCUGGGUUUCCAGACAACAUUAAGAUGAGUCCUAGAGGAGGGUUUUGGGUUGGUCUUCAUGCCAAGAGAGGGAAGAUCGCUGAGUGGUCAAUUUCUUAUCCUUGGCUAAGGAAACUAAUCUUUAAGCUACCAGCUCAACGCAUUCAACGCAUCACAUCGUUCUUGACAGGAUUUGGUCGUCAAGUGAUAGCUUUGAGGUUGAGUGAGGAUGGGAAGACCAUAGAAGCAAUGAGUGUUCAUGGUGAUGUCAGGAAGUUGUUCAAGUCUAUUAGCGAAGUUGAAGAAAAGGAUGGGAACCUCUGGAUAGGAUCUGUUUUGUCACCUUUUCUUGGGCUUUAUCGUAUAUAGUUUAAUACAUAGAGAGAGAAUGCAUAAGUUAUAAAGGUAGUGAAGAUAAUAGUAUACAAGCGUGGUGUUAUGAUAUGAAGCAUAUGUAACAAAAUAAUAGAUCUAGCAUUUAGUGAGUGUUCAAAAUAAUGGUUGCCAAUUUUUAUUGAAAAAGCUAAUGUCUAUCAUCAUUACCA